AUGCCUGACACAAGCCUGCAAGAUACUCGCCAGAAGUGGUCCAGUAAUGGUACCAUGCAGCCGAAUGCUCUGUCUCGGCCCUGGUAUGCUAUAGCAGGAACUGUGGUGGGAAACGUAAAGGCAGUACACCAUGAGAGAUUCACUCCCUUCCUCUACUCUGUGCUAGAGGACGACGGGGAAGGCCUCUUUCUCGUCAGCCCACACUCUGGGGAGUUCUUACUGUCCCGUGCCCUUGACUAUGAAGCACAGAGACACUAUGUCCUCACAGUCACUGUGCAGUCAGGGGACCUGGAUGUCUCCAGUGUCAGGGUGUACUUCAAUGUGGUGGAUGUUAAUGACAACCCUCCUGUCUUCAGAGAGGCCAUCUAUUCUGUCUCAUUGCCUGAGGACACAACUGUGGGAACUUGCUUCCUUGCCCUCAAUGUGUCUGAUAAAGAUGAUGGUAUAAAUGGAGAGACAGAUGUGGAGGUUACUACCGGAGACAAACAGGGCACAUUCCUUGUGAACCCUGAUGGUGUCUUAUGUCUGAAUUCAGAGUUAGAUAGAGAGAGGAGAUCAACCUAUAAUCUAACAAUCCAAGCCAGAGACCGUGCCCAGCCUCCAACUACAUGUCACACCAGCACAGCACUUGUUCAUGUUCAGGUAGAUGAUGUGAAUGACAACGCUCCACACUUUGUGUCAGGCAAGAGUGUCAAUAUCCCUGAAGAUACUCCACCUCAUACAGUUGUAAUGGUCAUUCAAGCUGUGGAUUCGGACAUAGGAUCCAAUGGGGAUGUUUUUUACACUUUAGUGGACUCUGCUGGUGGUGUGUUCAGCAUCAGCAGCACCAGUGGAAGUCUGUACCUACAGGAGUCUUUAGACCGAGAACAGGUUGAUACCCUGGCCAUCACGUUGGCAGCUACAGAUAAAGGAUCACCCCAGUUGACCACCUUCUUGAACCUCACCGUGCAUGUUGAGGAUACUAAUGACCAUGACCCAGCGUUUACCCAGAGCUCCUAUUUCCUGACGGUAGGGGAGGAUGCUUCCUGGGGAACCAACCUGCUGCAGGUCAAGGCUCAGGACCCAGACCAGGGGUCAAAUGGAGAGGUCCGCUAUCAGCUGAACCAGGGUGGACCGUUUGUGGUGGACUCCUUUCGAGGUGUUGUGUCUGUGAUGGACAGACUAGACAGGGAAUCAGAAUCCUCUUACAUGCUAUUCGUAAUAGCCAUGGACCAGGGUGUGCCUCCCAGGUCAGCCAGGGCUGUAGUGAAUGUCACUCUACUGGAUGUAAAUGACUUCACCCCUCUCUUCGCUCCAGCAACACUGACUCUUCAUGUGCUGGAGAAUGGAGGGGAUCCCUCCCAGCUCAUUCAUCAGAUACAAGCUGUGGACGAGGACCUGGAGGAAAACAGCUUGCCACCUUUAACAGGGACAGCCACUGUGCAUGUCAUUGUGGAUGAUAUGAACGACAACAAGCCUGUGUUUUCAGACGUAUUCACCACUAUAGUGCCCGAGGAUGCCCCUCUGGGUACUGUGUUUGCCAUGAUCACAGCCUCGGACUGGGAUGAUGGAGUCUAUGGACUAAUAAGGUAUUCUGUAGAUGAAGAGAACAGAUUCUUCUCCAUUGAUGAGAGUUCUGGAGAGCUGUUCACCACUGGUGUGCUGGACAGGGAAGCCGUGGCCUUUUACAGACUGACCGUGAUUGCCAGGGACACACACCCCACGCAUCCUCUGUCCAGCUCAACGCUGGUCACUGUGCUCAUCGGAGAUGUGAAUGACCACUGGCCUCAGUUCCUCUACAGCCCAUAUGUGGCAAACAUGCCUGCAGACUCCGCUCCAGUGCAAGCAGUAGACGGAGACUCAGGGAUAAAUGCCCAGCUGCAGUUUUCGUUGUAUGGCAUAAAUGCUGAUCAGUUCACCAUCCAUCCACUCAGUGGUGCUGUGUUCACGUCAAACAGCUUAACAGCAACUGAAGACAUCACAGUCAAUGUCCAUGUGGAAGACGGGGGAGAACAUCCCAAGUUUGAUACCACAACUAUAACCAUCAGGUUACGGAACACGUCUGACUUCCCUGUGGUGAACGUGGAUGCUGAUCGACUUUUUCUCUCUGAGGAUGAGCCUGCGGGGACAGUUAUUACUGUGGCGUCAGCAGAAAGUUCCAGAAGGGGCCCAGUAUCCCUCUACCUCAUCUCUGGAAACCUUGACAAUGCGUUUCAGCUCCACCCCUCAAAUGGCGAGCUAACACUGAAGAACCCGUUGGAUUACGAGACCACCAAGGAUUACGUGCUCCUGGUAGAAGGCAGAGAUUCAGGCUCGCCACCGUUCUCCUCAUACGCAGAGAUACACAUAAACAUCAGUGACUGUAACGACAAUGUCCCUGAGUUCACCCAGAGAGAGUACAGGUGUGAGGUGUUUGAAAACGCUCCACCAACAUGGCUCUGCGAUGUCCUGGCCAUUGACGUUGACUCUGGAAGUUACGGGUCAGUGCUGUACAGCAUCAUUGAUGGGAACACUGAUGGAGCUUUCACUAUAGAUUCAGAAAAUGGCAUACUAAGCACAACAGUGAGUUUAGACAGAGAGUCAGUUCCUGAAUAUAAUCUGACAAUUGAAUCUGUAGAUCAAGAUAACAUUCUUUAUAAAGAUAUCGCCUUUGUGCUAAUUGUUGUUUUGGACACAAAUGACCACGCGCCACGAUUUUCUCAGAUUUUCUUUACUACGAUAUCUGAAGAUGCCCCAAUUGGGUACACCGCCAUGCAGAUAAUCUCAACGGAUGAGGACGUUGGUCCCAAUGCAGUGAUUACCUACUCAAUAAUCAACCAAAGUGAUGACAUCCCUUUUCAAAUUGAUGUAACCAGUGGCUGUAUAAAGGUUGAGCAGUAUUUAGACCGAGAGACGCAGGAUCACUAUGUUCUACAGGUCAAUGCAAACGAUUCAGCUUGGAGUAUCAGUACAGACGUUUCCAUCGACAUAACAGACAUCAAUGACAACAGACCUGUGUUUUCUCAAAGUCUUUACUCUGUUACUCUCGCUGAGACCAAAGACUGGGACGUGUUUGUCGUGCAAGUCGUCGCCACAGACGAAGACACAGCACCCAAUAGUUACAUAUUGUACUUCAUUGAACCAGCUAGUGAGGAGUUCUGGGUGAAUGCAACCACAGGAGGGAUUUAUACCAAACAACCAAUGUCUUUACAGCACUCCGCAAACAUUUUCAUCUUUACUGUGUUAGCAGAUGACUGUGGCGGCGUUCCUCCCCAUAGCAACACCACUGUGGUGGUGACCUUUGUUCCCUAUAAUCACUUCCCCCCCGUGUUCCUGCCUCUUACACCUUUGCUCGUCAUACCCUUUGAUGUGGUCGUAGGCACAGAGCUGGUCCAGCUGUCAACAAUGGAUCUGGAUAUGUAUCCCAGUAACAUGUCUGUCAAGUUCAGCUCAGCUGGAGGAAACGCUUCGGAGUUCUUUGUGGUUCAGUCUGACAGCGGGAUGACUGAAAUUCAUUUUGAAAUCACUGGCAAGAAUCUAUUUGCCCCACAGUUUCUGGAGUCACAUGACACCUUUUCUGUCCCAGAGAACUUACCAGUGGGUUCAGUCAUUGGGAAAGUCCAUGCCAUUGAUAAAGAUGAUGGAGUUAACGGUAUUGUCACAUAUUCUAUCAUCUCUGGGCCUAAAGAUGUACCUUUCUCAAUAGGGCAACAUUCUGGGCUGAUCACUUUGGUACAGGGGGUCGACUAUGAAAAGAAGACAAUGUAUUAUCUUCAUAUCAGUGCCAGGGAUGGGGGAUGGAGACCUGAAAAUGGAACAAUAAGCAUUACAGUGAACAUCACUGAUGUCAACGACAACCCUCCUGUCUUCACUGCCUCAGAAUACCUGGCUUCUGUUCCAGAGAACUCAGCUGUAGGAACCCUGGUUUUCCAGAUGGAGGCUAGAGAUGCAGAUUCAGGAACAAACGCAUACAUAACCUAUUCACUCGUUGCCGGCAACACUGAUAAGUUUGCUGUCAACCCCAAGAAGGGAACAAUCACUACCCUAGACAUGUUUGAUUUUGAAAUGGAGCAGUCAUUUGAUCUAACAGUCAAAGCUUCUAACACAGGAGGGCGCCAUUUAUUCAGCCUUGCACAUGUUACCAUCCUGGUCUCGGGGAUCAAUGAGUUCAUACCUGUAUUCCUGAGAAAUGAGUUGAACUUCACAGUGUCAGACAGUGUGCCUGUCGGAACCACAGUAGGAAGGGUCACAGCCACAGAUUCCGACCAAGGCUUUGAUGGAAAAGUAUUUUACUUGCUUUUUGGUCAAAGUAAAAAGACUGGCUUUGAUGCUGAUGAACAAACUGGAGAAAUAUACACCACUCAAGAUCUGAGAAAGUUAGGCUUCAACCAUGCAGGUCUAAGAAUUCUGGCAAAGAACUAUGGUGUCAUAACUGGUGUGGACAUAGAUGAGGCCUUUAUUCAGAUUAACAUUAUAGAUACAAAUGACCCUCCAGAAUUUACCUUCACAGUCUCCACAGCAGAGGUUAGUGAGGACACCAUAGUGGGCACCUCCAUUAUGACAGUGAGCGCCCUGGACCAGGAUGCCAUCCUGGAGUGGAAUACUUUCUCCUACAGCAUUAUAAGUGGAAACGCAAACUCCUCUUUCUCUGUCGAUCCCUUCAGUGGGGUAAUCACUGUCCACUCACCUCUGGAUAGAGAACUGUGGCCUGUGUAUAACCUGACCAUUGCAGCCAUAGACUAUGGCUCUCCUCCCGCCACUGGGACUGCUAAUGUAGUUCUGGAUAUCGGUGACAUCAAUGAUAACGCACCUAGGGUAGCAUUCACAGAGGCCAGUGUUAGAGAGAACCAGCCUCAUGGUACAAUAGUAGCAACUCUGAACACUUCUGAUGCUGACCUAGCACCCAACCAAGGACCUUUUACAUACUGGCUGGCACAGCCUAGCUUAGACAAUAGCUUCUCACUCACGUCUGAUGGAGUUCUCUUCACAACUAGGCCCGUGGAUCGAGAGCUCACGCCUGAGUUUUAUGUUGUUGUAGCGGUCAGAGAUUCAGGGACUCCUCCACUAUCCUCCACUACAACGCUUCAAGUCAAAAUUCUGGAUGAAAACGACAACCCGUCUGUGCCCAGGAAUGUAUAUAUCGAGGUGAAGUAUUACGGAAGCUCCUUCUCGGGGGGCCUGAUUGGUCACGUCCAACCAGAGGACCAGGAUGAGACUAGUGUGUACAACUGCAGCAUCAGAAAUGGUCACCUCAACAUGUUCUCGAUUCCCUUCAGCACAUGCGAGCUGUGGUCUUCUCCAUACAAAGGAGAAGCUACAUACAACAUCACCAUUGAGGCCAGUGACGAGCUUCACCCUCCAGUCAACAACAGUGUUUAUGUCAACUAUAAAGGAUUCACGAACGCCUCUAUGAUUAGCAGUAUAUUAUUCUAUGUAUCCUCAAGCUCAGUUGAAGAGUUCUUGUCUCACAAGUAUUUGAAGUUUGUGAAAGCCUUGGACAGUCUUUUUAACCUGCAGGCCUCUAAAACUCAUGUGUUUGGCAUGAAACUUGUUGGAAAUGAAAUCCUCCUGUUGGCAGCUGUGAAAAGCUACAAUGGCCAGUAUCUGAGUGCUGAGGUUGCUAGUGGUAUCUCUGCUCUUCACAGGAAACUGUUAGAAUCCCAGAGUAAUGUCACAAUAUUACGCAUCACCAGCGACCCUUGUCUGUUUAACCCCUGUCAAAAUGGGGGCACAUGCAACAAGGACAUUCACAUCAGCCAGGAUGUGGCCCUGCUGGAGAGCUCUGCUCUGGCCUUCGUCUCACCCCAGAUGGAGAUAUUUAACUGUUCCUGUUUAGCUGGCUUCACUGGACCUCUGUGUGAAUCAGACAUGUAUGAGUGUGAUGGGACUUCUUGUGAUAACGAAGGCACAUCCUCUCAUGUGGGUGAAUGCCUGAAAGUGAAUUGCCAAAAUGGAGGCUCCUGUUUUAACAGACCAGAGGGGUUCCACUGUUACUGUAAGGAUGGCUAUGAAGGAAAACUUUGUGAGAGGUCUGUCGACAACUGUGCUUCCUCUCCUUGUAGCGAGGGCACCUGCAUAAACUCUGUGACAGGAUACUCUUGUAAUUGUCCUUUUGGUGUAAGUGGGACCCGCUGCCAGGAGCAUAGUUUGGGGUUUGAGGAGUUGUCCUUCAUGGAGUUUCCUCCUUUAGAUCCUCACAACAACAUCAUCUUGUUGGAGCUGGCCAGUGUGCAGCAAGACUCUCUGCUGCUGGUCAACCCUGGCAGCCCUCUCAGUGUAGAGUUCCUGGCUCUGGAGCUACUCGGGGGUAGAGCACGGUUCUCCUACAACCUGGGCUCAGGCCUAGUGAGGCUGGAGACCAAGAAGCAGGUGGCUGACGGACAUUUUCACAGCAUCACUGCCAGGCGUAUCGGCAAUAUAGGCUCUUUGGAAGUGGACAGCUGCUCAGACAUUGAAGCCAAUGGAUUCUGUUUCUCCCAAAAUGAAGGCAUUAGCUCACAAAGGACUCUGGAUGGGGCCAGUAACAUGUCAUUGGGUGGAGUCAGGUCUAUAGAGUCAAUACUGCAGAUCCCUACUCACAUCCAGUCUCAUGACUUUGUUGGAUGCCUCAGAAAUGUAAAAGUGAACGGAAUACCUCUGGUGCCCUCCAAGGCCCUGGCAACAUAUAACAUCCUCCAGAGCUGUCCACGAGAUGCCGUUUCCCCCUGUGACAGCAGUCCCUGUAAGAAUGGAGGUGCUUGUCAAGACAUGUGGUCUCACUACCUCUGUUACUGUAGAAACAGCUACACUGGAGCCAGUUGUGCCACAGUCGUUUCAGAAGAGCAUGUUUUGCGACUGAAUGGAAAUGGCUACAUCGCGUAUGGUAUUCGGGAGAGUUACAGGAGAAAUGUUCAGCUAAGAGACCUGCUAAACACACACAGUACGAAGGAAAAAAUCCGACGAGUCUUUUCAGAGAUUGAAGUCAAGAUCAAGACUAUUAAUAAUGAUGGAGUGUUGGUGUUUGUACUUGGAAGAAUACGACAUACCGUGCUAAGGAUAGUGGAUGGACAGCUCCAGUACAUAUCCAUAGACAGCAGGUCAGGACACCUGUCAGAGGUCACUGUAAACCCUCCUGUGGCAGAUGGGAUUUGGCAUGUCCUUCACCUGUACAGAGAAGGACACAACACCAUCAUCACCAUUGAUGAACAGCUGUCUAUGAACACCACCAAUGGAACACUUGACCUGACUCCUGUCAAUGUGGAGAAGAUGGUGCUGGGGGCAGUUCCACCCGGGACUGCAAGAGAGCUGCAGCCAGGGUUUUCUGGAUGUGUGGCAUACUUCCGAGUCACUGGCUACAUUUUACCUGUCGGUGGAACCAGCGAGAUGGUGGAGGCCUGGCCCAGUUCAACUUUGACCCAGCCCACUUGUGUGUCUCAGGCCAGCUGUGUUCCCUCACACUGUACGGACACAAAUAGCGCUAGCAUGAGGCCUUGCCUUUCAGUGUCGUGUGAGACAGGUAGAGACUGCGGGGAGCUUGUAAGGAGCAACAUGUCCUGCAUCUGUUUACACAAUGCCAGCGCUGUGGAGUGUGAUGUCUGCCCUUCGCUGCUCCAGAGCCGUCAUGGCUGUUUUUCUGAGCUCCAGCAGAGCAAGCCUCUGUGGAUCCUAGCCGUGGUUGUCCCUGUGACCUGCCUCCUGCUCCUCUUGUGCCUCUUCAUCACCCUGAGGCGGCAGAAAGCCAGCAGUGGGUGUCAGGAGAGCUGCCAUGGCGACAGCCCACUAAGGAGAGAGCAGGGGGCAGAGAACCAAGCGUUCUCUCACAGUGACAACACUCUUGUGAAGGAUGUCAGUGGACCACCUGAUGUUAUUGGGGCUGACAGUCAGAGGCUGGGUGUGGGGUGCUAUAGUGAAGCUUGCCUCCAAAGCCUCCAGUCUGGUGUUCUGGAGUACUACGAGAUAGACAGCAACUACAGCCAUUCAGACAUGGCGUCUCUCAGACUCAGCUGGCAUGGACACACACACAACACACACUGUGACAGGACAGAGCCAAGAUGGACAGGGUUCUGUCAACCAGUCCUAUCAGGACCCCUGCCAAGCCAAGAGAGCAGGGACAAACCACUGGACAUGUGGCAAAAAUCACAGCUAAAUUUGAAUCUUUAUGUCCCCCAAAAUACAAGACAAGAUGUGGACGGGGAUGGGCUGCUGAACCUUCUAGAUUGUGAGUCUGGAGAGGUGGAAAAGCUUCACUUUUUCGAAAGGUUCCCAGAGUUCAUGUCACCCCCUCUGGGACUGUCAGUGGAGGAAGUCAGGAGGCUGAACUCUCCUCUGGAGGAAAUGAAACCUAACAAGUCAGGUCAACCGAAGGAUAUACAUGCUCCAGGAACGUCUGCCAGAGUGACGGACAGCCUCUCUGAUACCGUCACACAUGGCUCCUUCACAGUCUCAGAGUUCGAGUCUGAAACUGAGUUUCUUCCCAGUAGUUCUAAGGGUAUUGUGUGUGAAUGGACAUACAGCUCCAGAGAGCCUGACAUAUUUCCUGUUCAUGACACCUUCCAAUCAAAUGCUCUUAGCAGGACAGAGGCUGUAUGUGGGGGUGUUCAACAGUGGGAAACCCUACUGAACAUGAGCCUGCAGUUUGAGACCUAUGCUCACGUGUUUGAGGACAUUGCAGGUUUGCCUUUUGAACUAAAGCAUGAUUGUAACAUGCAGAGUGACCAGGAAGAAAUCAUAUGAUAGAUGCCUCUUAAUCUCUGUUUCAUAAGUAGUCGUACUUUGAAGUCAAAUGUGUAAAAUAAAUCAAUGAUUUAGUAUGACACUCACAAUUGUAAUAUGAAUUCAAAGGAACUUUAUGCUUGUUAUAACAUUUUCUUAUAACAUGUACCCAUGCAGCGUAGGGUGGGCUAACUAUAAUUAAAUCCUCUCAAACAAUUCCAUUGUACUCAUAGAGUAAUUUCUAAACUGCAUUUACUUCGUGUUUUGACUUUAAUUUGAAUAAAAUAAAUCAUC